AUGGACGUCAGGAUCGUUUCCCGGGAGCUAGUGAAGCCGUCUUCCCCUGAAACCAUACAAACAAAACCUCCACACAGGUUCUGCCUCUUCGACCAGCUCACUCCCUUGACCUUUUCUCCCCUCAUUCUCUUCUACACCAAUCCUGAACACAACAAUCUCAAUCUCGCUUCCUUCCUCCACCGCCUGAAGCGCUCCCUGGCGGAGACUCUCAACAUUUACUACCCUUUCUCCGGCCGGACCGGCCUACAGAAUUUGGUCAUUGACAGCUUCAACGCCGGCCUCCCUUUCACUCUAGCCCAUGUCAUCGAUUGCCGCCUCUCCCAGUUCCUUAAACGCAAGGAGACAGAGCUCCUCAACCUCCUCCUCUCUCGACAGCCGUUUCAGAAGGAACCUUCCGACGUGGAAUCCCCUGUUUUGGAGCUUCAGGUCUCUGUUUUCUCCUGCGGCGGAAUCGCCUUGGGAUGGGCUUGUUCCCACAAGCUGAUCGACGGCUCCACCAUGAGAUCCUUCCUCACUACAUUCACUGCCCUGUUCCGCGGCCAACCGAACGACGUCGUUUCCCCUGAUUUCGCCCAGGCCUCCACUCUGUUCCCGCCGAGGGACCCUUCCCCUCAAAAUUUCCUCAAUCUGAUGGAAACCCUCUGGUUUACUGAAGAGAAUUACAUAACCAGGCGGUUCGUGUUCGAUUCCAAGGCAAUCGGCCAGCUGCGAGCCAUGGCGGCGGCCGGAGGCCGAGGAACUGAUCUGCAGGGGAAAUCGAUUCGGAAGCUGUCCAGAGUGGAGGCAUUGUCCUGUUUCAUCUGGAAAUGCUGCAUGGCGGCGUCCAAGGCGGUUUCUUCCGCGUCCAAGACUUCGAUUCUGGUGGAGGCGGUGAAUCUGAGGAAUCUGACGAACCCGCCGAUGCCGGACGCGGCGAUCGGGGACGCGUUCUGGUGGGCGACGGCGGCGGCGAACCCGUACGACGAGUCUAAUACAGAGAUGCCGGAGCUGGGGAAUCUGCUGAGCGAAGGGAUCGGGCUGUACAGGAGCGAUUACGUGGAGUCGCUCCAAGGGGAAGACGGGUUCGAGGCGAUUUCGAGCUACUUCGAGCAGCUGGAAGGGAUGUUCGAGACGGAGAAGCCGGAUAUAUUCGCGUUUACGAGCUGGUGCGGGUUCGGGUUCACGGGUCAGGAUUUCGGGUGGGGGAAACCGGUUUGGGUGACGGUGAUGGGGAAGGUGGGCCGGGCUUUUCGAAACCUGACGGUGUUUGUGGACUCAACGGAGGGGAGAGGGAGCAUUGAGGCUUGGGUCACUUUGGACCAGAAGCGGAUGGAGGUUCUUGAGCGCGAUCCGAACUUCCUUGAGUUUGCGUGGGCUAACCCUAGGAUUUCUAGCCUUUGA